UUCAAUCUCCGCUUGAACAUUCUGGAUCAUACAGAUAUUUCCUUUCCAGCACUGCCACGAAUGCUUUGUACAUUUUUAUCAUCACUGUUUUCCUCUUUUUAAUUCAUUUCGUGCCGUGGAGCUGGGGGUACUCUGUUUAGGUUUCGGAGUAAAGAAUAGAGAUGGCUGCUCAUAAGAUAGCACAUGCUUCAUACCGGGGACCGAGUGUGGUGAAGGAGAUAUUGUAUGGAAUAAGACUUGGUCUGUUGGCAGGUGGUUUAUGGAAAAUGCACCACUGGAAUAACCAGAGGAGGACCAGAGAAUUUUAUGAUCUUCUUGAGAAAGGUGAAAUCAGUGUAGUUGUGGACGAGGAGUAGGUAGCCUCCUUGCUUCUGGUGACCGAUUAGUUCCUCUUUUCAUGCUUCUGAUCGUAUAAAUAACAUCAAUGUUCGGAUUUUGAAAUGUGAAUGCUUGUGAUUAUUUUGAA